UUGAACCGGAAGCUGACGUGUCACUGUUGUUGUGCAGAGAUAUAUACAAACAGACGCUAUCACAUGCUUGUGUCGUCAUCAGGAGGAAGGAGACAACAUGGCGGCAGACUCUGUGUUGAAGGUGAUAUUUGAACAUGACGGCGUCUUCAUCCAUCCGAGCAGCGACGAGGACGGAGUCGAUCAGGACCUGCUGGUUUCAGGGAGCCUUCGGAUCCUCGACAAGGAUGCAGAGAUGUUGGUGGAGUUCAGACCUCUGGAGGACGCAGUGGAUCCGUCCAACAUGCUGUGUGCUGGGAAGGACUCCAGUUCGGUGGUGGAGUGGAACCAGUGCCUGGAGCGUUCCCAGUCCCAGCAGCUGUUGGAGAGUCAGCACAGCUAUGAGACGGAAUGGGACAUGGUGAACGCUGUGACCUUCAGGAAGAAGACCUGCACCAACGGAGAAGGAUCUCUGAACCACAGCCAUGAGAGGAGCCGCUGGACCUUCAGCGUCAGCAUCAGCGACCUGAGGUCCAUCACGGUGAAGGAGGAGGGCUGGACCUUCCUGCUGCUGCAGCUGAAGGACGCCUCCGUCUCACUGCCGCCGCUGCACUUCCACCAGGGCGGCAGCAGAGAGUUCCUGGACAACCUGCGGAGGUUCGCUCUGCUCACCGAGUCUCCAGAUGAUGACACGUGUCUCCUGGUCAGUACUCCUAACAGAGCUCUAUCUCAGUCCUUUGAGAACCUUCUGGACGACAACAACUUCGGCCUCGUUAAUAAGUUUAAACGGGAUCCGUACGUCACCACGCUGGGCGGCUUCUCCAAAGUCACCAACUACAUCUUCGAUGCCCUGCGAGGGUCAGAAGAGCAGCAGCAGCGCCCCCCGGAGGAAGUGGCCGAUCUGCUGGGAGAAGUUAUUCCAGGACUGGAGAUCAACCAGCAGGAGGAGCCAGGCUUCGAGGUCAUCACCAGGAUCGACCUGGGAUCCAGACCUCAGGUGAGCCGCCGAGAGCCGCUGACGGCCGAGGACUGGACCAGACACCAGGACGGGGAGGGCAGGAUGGUGGAGACCAGCCGGCUGAAACAGAACAUCUUCAAGGGGGGUCUGUGUCACGCUGUGAGGAAAGAAGCCUGGAAGUUUCUUCUCGGUUAUUUUCCAUGGGAGAGUUCGCUGGAGGACAGAAAAAUUCUGCAAAGAGCCAAAACUGACGAAUACUUCAGGAUGAAGCUUCAGUGGAAAUCAGUGAGUGAAGAGCAGGAGAGAAGGAACUCCCGACUGAGAGACUAUCGGAGUCUGAUCGAGAAAGACGUGAACCGAACAGACAGAACCAACCGGUUCUAUGAAGGCAUCGACAACCCGGGCCUGGUUCUGCUGCACGACAUCCUGAUGACCUACUGCAUGUAUGACUUCGACCUGGGUUACGUCCAGGGGAUGAGCGACCUUCUGUCUCCCAUCCUCUUCGUCAUGGAGAAUGAGGUGGACGCUUUCUGGUGCUUUGUGGCCUUCAUGGACCAGAUGCACCAGAACUUUGAGGAGCAGAUGCAGGGCAUGAAGCUGCAGCUGAUCCAUCUCAGUGCUCUGCUGCGGCUGCUGGACUUGUCCUUCUGGAACUACCUUGAGUCUCAGGAUUCUGGGUAUCUGUACUUCUGCUUCCGCUGGCUGCUGAUCCGCUUCAAGAGGGAGCUGAGCUUCCAGGACGUCCUGCGGCUCUGGGAGGUGAUGUGGACCGGGCUGCCCUGCCAGAACUUCCAUCUGCUGGUCUGCUGCGCCAUCCUGGACUCUGAGAAGCAGAAGAUCAUGGAGGAGAACUACGGCUUCAACGAAAUCCUGAAGCACAUCAACGAGCUGUCCAUGAAGCUGGACAUCGAGGAGAUCCUUCAGAAAGCAGAAGGAAUCUGUCUGCAGAUCCAGAGCUGCAAGGACCUUCCUCACUCCGUCAGCGUGAUCCUGGGUUUGGACUCGGAGCCGAGCGGUGCCGACCCGACGGGUUCUGGAUCUGCUCCCAGAGCGGCUCAGCGGCCAGAUGGCUGCUCCAACGGACACUUGAGAGAAACCAGCUCUCAGCUCAGCUGCAAAGUUGCCUUCAUAUCGUAGUAAAGCGUCAGCAGGGCGGCGCCAGAGAGACGCCACGCCGCCUGAACCCACCAAGAAGAAAAUGUACAAAGAAUUUAAGAUGAUUGAGAUCUUAUUUUUGUAACUCUUGUACCAUAUUGUGUCUGAUUGAGUCAUUCCUCCUGAAGAUGUUAAAGCCUCAUUCAGAUGAAGGACGUUCUCUUCUGCUCCAUCAGAACCUCCAGAACUUUAGUUCCCUCAGUGGUUCUCUGAUGGUUAUUUUCUGACUGUUGAGUCUCUGAACUAUAAACAUGAUGUCUUUAAGCUGCCAGUUCUCUAAAACUGUUUCAUUUACAGACAGAAAUGAUGAAGAUGAGCAGAUUUGCAUUUUUUAGAAUUAAAACUGAAGCUCCAGUUUUUCCUGCAGUAGCUCAGAGGCAGAGUUCUGCUCAGCUUCAUUCAAUCUAAACAAGAGGAGACCCCUUGAGCUUCUGAUUUGUGACUUUAUUAAAGCUGUGGAUCUUCUCUGAAUGAGGCUUUAUUGUGGUGAAGAACUGCCAACACUCAGCUGAAGCUGUAACAUCUCAGAGCUUCAGGUGGAACCAUGGAGCUGCUGAUGAACCAGGAAGGAGCUGUUUGGAGCUGUUUGGAGCUGCUGCAGCGUUUUCUUACUGAGACUUCAGAUGUUUCUGGAUUAAAACUGGUUUCUGCUUCAUCAAACUUCACGCCACUGGCUGUUAUUUCUGAACAAAAGAAAAUGUUUGUUCCCUCAGCUGUGAUUGGCUGACGGAGACGAACCUGCUAACUUCACUGAUUACCCUGGUUAUUGUUUCUCUGGUUGGUCUGGAAAAAAGAACAGUGAUGGUUUCUAACAGAACGCAGAGGUUUUUAGAGUGGUAAACCCAACCAGCCAAUCAGUUCAUCAACCAGGUAACUAACCAACCAACUCAUCUAACCAACCGUCUGGUUCAUAUAGAAACUGUUCUCUUCUGUCACGGAAGCAGAGAAAACAAAUGUCAGCAAAUAUUGGAGGUUUUUGCUUUAUCAAGGGAAGCAGAGUACGUCUACCUGCAGAGUGCUUCUAUCUUUGAAUCGUUGCAGCUCUGAUUUUGUCAUGUUUUACCUUUUUUGCUGAAAAUAUCUCCUUCAUGCUCAUUCUACCAACAUCUAACUGAUUUUUACUGAAAGCUGAGUCGAAAAACCGCAAAUAUUCUGUUUAAAAUUAAAAAAUACUAUGAGUCAGCAGAGAAACUGGAAGCAGAUCAGAGUCAUUAAAUCUGUGUGCAGGCAGAAGAAUGACCAAUAGCAGGGCUAACUUUCACCAUUGAUCGGUUAAUUGAUUAUCUAGUGGAUCGAUCAGCUGUUUGGUCUCUGAAACGGUGAAAAAUGUGGAUCAGUUUCCACAAAUGUCAAAGAUCUUCAGUUACCUGUCAGAGGAAAGAAACCAGAAAUACUCAGUAGAGAAGCUGCCUGUUGGAGAUACAGACAUCAGCAGCUUCAGGACGCUCGUUUAAGUGUGACAUCAUCAGUGUGACAUCAUCAGUUUGACAGCAGAAGAUGUGACCAGAACCAGUUAAGGGUUAUUAUUAUUAUUGUAAUUUAUUGAGGGUUUAACUCUCAGUAAGGAAACAAGCAGCAGCUCGGUUUGUUCCUCGCUGUUAUGAGUGAAGUUCUGACAGGUUCUGUUGGGUUCUGUUUGGUUCCAUGAAGCUCUGACAGGUUCAGUUUGGGUUCUGUUGGGUUCAGUUUGGUUCAAUGGAGCUCUGAGUGUUUCUGUUGCAGAUUGAACUCUUUGUGAUUUCGGCUCUUUUCAUGUAAUCGAUCAAUCCGACACUUUGGGCAAUAAAAACUGUUUAAGGAG